AUGUCCAGUGUCCACGCCGCUGCCGACAAUGGCAACAAAAGUGGCACUUACGGCAAUACUGUCUCCGCAUCGGCCCUACAUCUUGAUUCGGAGGUCGGGGAAAACGGUUCCAACAUCUCCCAUGGCCAGCGAUCACUUAUCUCGAUUGCUCGUGCUCUCGUCCGCAAGGCUAAAAUAGUUGUUCUUGAUGAGGCAACUGCCUCCAUUGACGAACGUGCUGAUCACCACCUUCAGAGCAUAUUGAGCGAGUUUAUGAGCAAUUCGACCGUGCUCACUGUAGCCCAUCGUCUCGAUACUGUUAUCGGCUCUUGUGACCGGAUAGUGGUCAUGGAUUCAGGAACUGUAGCUGAGUUUGGCUCAGCUUCCGAGCUGUAUGCAAAGGCCGGUUUAUUCCGAGCACUCUGUGACGCCGCCAAAAUCUCGGUUAGGUGA